AUGUCCGAGGAAGCGCCUAACCCGCUGCCGUUCUCCGAAACCACCCACACUACGCUCGCCGCUGCCAUCGAGGCACGUCAACUCCUAGCCGACCAGCUACUUCCGGAGCUUGCGAGGCCAAUAACCUCGCUUUCUUAUAAUCCCUGGAUCGCAAAACGCAGGGAUGAUAAGCAAGAGUACGAGACAGAUUCCGAGGGGGGAUUCAUUCAUGAGUACAGCGUAGGAGCUAUUUAUCUCUUCACUGAACCCAUCCCCACUGGGUUGAAAAUGGUCACUCCGAAGCGUAUCAUCUUUCAGACCAGAGCAGCUGACCAAGGAUGGGCAACCUUUGGCGGAGAAGGUACCUUUGAAAACAGCCACACGUGGUUCGAGGCCAGCAUUCUACGUCCCAUUGAUACUGCCCACGACGGGGCACAUGUUCUCCCUGAAAGCAUUCUUCAGCAGACGUGGUGGGGUCCCGCCGGUGCAAGGAGUCAUUUAAAUAAGCUUGGGUGGGAUUUUGUCGAGGUGGAGGAUGGAGAACUCACAUGGACAGUCUGUUGCAACAUAACGGCAAGCAGUGAAUACCGAAACUACAGGGUCGAGUGGGAGUUGGAUGUUGAGCCAGAGAUUGAUGAUGAGGAUGCAGUUGGUGAUGGGUACGGGUUUCUCGAGCUGCUGGAACCUGGGUGCAUCGUUGCGCUUUGGGCGAGAGCUGAGCAAGCUCACUGGGUUAACAAAGUUGCUGCGGCAACGAUCGAGAUUGAGUAUGAUUUCUUGUAG